AUGGACUCGGGAAUAGAUCACGAACACGGUCACGGCCGGAGAACCAUCUUCGCCGUGACCCUGCUCAUGGUGGUGCUGUCUGCCGGCUCUGUUGGGCUUCGGCUGGCUUCACGACUGUAUAUGCGGCAGGCCGUGAGGGUUCGUGAUUAUUUGAUCGUUUUGGCAUGGAUUUGUGCAUUCGGCCUUUCGUUCUCGAUAUUAUACGGAACGACCAAAGGGCUGGGUUUGAGGAUGCAGUAUAUAGCUACAGCGCAGCGGCUGGACUUGAAGAAGGCGAUAUAUGCGUUUUCCGUCUUUUACAACCCUACGUUGAUGUUGAUCAAAACAUCGAUACUCUUAUUCUACCUUGACAGUAUAGCUGAUGUCCGCGCCUUUCGCUGGGCUACCUAUGCUACCCUGUUCGUCGUCAACGCUGGUGGCAUCGCUAUGCUCUUCCUUAGCAUAUAUCGCUGUCGACCUAUGCGGUCCGGCUUCAUGUAUCCUCCAACGCCAGACAAUGCGAAAUGCACCAGCCUCGUCGACCUGUACCUGGCCUCCGUCCCUAUCAACCUCGUGACGGACUGUGCUAUUCUUGCCUUGCCCUUGCCUGUCAUCUCACGGAUGAGUCUGCCGUUCAAAAAGCGUACGGCACUCUACCUCAUCUUUGCCGCUGGCGUGUUGACUACCGUCGUGACUAUCAUGCGCACGGCAAUGUUACAGCAUGCCUACGUUUCGCGAGAUCGGGUUCAAACCGCUGCGUCCUGGGACGGAAUUGAUGAGGAUGCAUUCCCAUGGCAUGCAUCGGAAGCAAUCCUGUGGUCGGUUAUUGAAGUGAAUGUUGGCAUCGUUUGUGCUUGUGUUCCUGCCAUGAAAACAUUACUUGCUGAACUUCUUCCACAGUCAUUAGGGGGCGCGAACACUUCCAAAUGGCGCAAAGACAUCAAGGAGAAAUCUCCGAUGAGGGGUGACAGCAUACUGGUCGGACGAGACUCUUUGACACCACCGCCUCUCGCCAUCAAUGGAGAGAGGCGAUCAUGCAGCCCUGACUCGACCUACAGCGAUAUGGAUGUCCAGCCUGGUUUCAGGGAAGCAAGGGCUAGGAAAAGCAACUCGCACAGCCUAAGGAAAGGAUGCACGGCUCGUGGGUGCGGCAAACCCAGACGAACGAAGAGCAUGCUGGAGUUGACGAACAAGGAAGCGCUCCCAUUUUUGACCGCCAUAAUCUUCCUAUUAUUCCUCUGGGGUUUCGCAUACGGCUUACUCAACACCGUCAACUUUCACUUCUUAAUCGAGGCAAAGACGAGCUAUGCCAACGUUAUCGGUCUGCAUGCUGCUUAUUUCGGAGGUUACCUCAUCGGACCGGUGAUUGGAGGCUUGAUGCUAAAAAAGACAACUUUCAAACUAACAUUCAUCGUCGGACUGUGUCUAUAUGCCUGUGGCAUUUUAAUAUCCUGGACGUCUGCAGUGCUGGCGUCGUUCCCGACCUAUGUCUUUUCGAACGUGGUCAUCGGUACUGGCAUGGCCAUUGUUCAGACCAGCUCCCACCCUUUCCUUGCUCUUUGUGGACCACAAGAGUAUGCGGAAAUGCGCUUGAAUAUCGCGCUCGGCUUCCAGUCGAUCGGUAGUGUGAUAUCAUCAAUAUUGGCGAAGAAGGCGUUUUCCCCAAAAGAAAUCAACGCCGAGGAUCUUGUACAGAUGAAGUGGGCUUACUUCGCAAUGGCACUCCUUCACAUCAUGCUAGCUAUUGCAAUGCACUACCUCUCUCUUCCAGAGGCAAACGAUAACCAGCUCGCCGACCUCGCACGCCAGCGACAAAUGGCCAACUCGACUAAGCUCCAUGACAUUCGGGUUGUAUGGAUCACCCUAGCACUGGCCGUGUUUGCUCAAUUCUUGUUCAUCGGUGGCCAAGAGGGUAUCAAUGUGCAUUUCAGAAAACUGGCCAGGCAGACAAGAAUAAAGAAUGUUACAUCUUUUGAAUCCCAGGCAAUAGGGUUUGCACUCUUUGCCCUCGGUCGGUUUGUAACGGUUGCUAUGCAACUAAUUGCGAAACCACGCACAAUUCUUCAGAUUCUAUACAUGGGCCUCAUUGCCUGUACGAUAGUUUGCGUGACCGUACACGGCAGAAGCGCCAUGAUCGGUGCUCUAGGCACAUACGCGUUCGGAAGUGGCAUAUACGGCCUGACUUUCGCAAUCGCCCUACGUGGAAUGGGCCACCACACCAAAUCAGCAGCUGCAUGGUUAACCUUUGCAGUAUCUGGCGGCGCAGUCUUUGCUUGCGUCCAGCGCGCAGUCGCUAUAAAUCGCGGUGUUCAAUUCUCGUUUGUUGUUCCCGCUAUACUCUUCGGCAUAUGUUUGGUAUUCCCGAUCUACCUAAACGUCUUCCCCGCCGCACAGAGACAUACCGAUCCCACAUUGAAAAAUCAUCGUUCAAGGGGUGGUACAGUCGCAGGACCGUUGCUCGACAUGUAUAUCGUCACCUAUGCAGACGCCAAAGCCUUCGAAAGGCCAUCACCGUGGACUAAUGCAUAG